AUGGGUGGCGGACAAAAUUUUCCAUCUAGAGAAGCGUCGAAAGAGAAGGAAAUAGUACUCUGUACCUUGCCCUGGCCUGAGGAGAGAGCGAAGAAAGGAAUUGAGGAAUUGAAGAAAGAGUUCAAGAAUGUAGACGUGCAUUACUUCCAUUCGAAGUAUGAGAAUGGCAAGGUUGCUGCGAUUGAUGUACCUGAAGACGUGAUGAAACGCGCCUCCUACCUGGCAACCCUCUUCUGGCUUCCACCGUCUCCCUCAUGCAUCCCAAACGUCAAAGUCAUCCAAUUCUUCUCCGCCGGGACCAACCAUGUCGCCAAACACCCAAUCUACACGGAUUCCAAGAUUCCACUGUGCUCAGCGAACGGGGUUCACGGACCGCAGAUCGCGGAAUGGGUCAUCAUGAUGGAUCUGGUGCAGAGUCACAAUUAUGUAAAUCUUUGGGAGUUGCAGAAGAAGAAAGAGUGGAAGCAAGGGGCGGGUAUGCAGGUGAGUGAUCGUGUGGGGAAGAGAGUUGGGAUUCUGGGAUAUGGGAGUAUUGGACGGCAAGUGGCCCGCGUAGCUAAAGCCAUGGGCAUGGAUGUGAUCGCUUACACAGCCUCACCCCGGAAUACUCCAGAAUCGAAGAAAGAUCGCGGCUACAUCGUACCGGGAACGGGCGAUCCAGAUGGCAUAUUCCCUAGUGCUUGGUAUAGCGGGACACGCAAAGAAGACGUACAUGAGUUCCUGAAGCAAGAAAUUGACCUCUUGGUAGUUGCUGUGCCUUUGACGGAAGUCACAACCCACUUUCUAUCAACUGACGAGUUUGAGCUCCUACACAAGAGUAAGUCUAGGCGUGCAGGCACAUAUGUCGCCAACAUCGCACGAGGGCAAUGCAUCGACCAAGAAGCUUUGAUAACUGCGCUGGAGAAGGGUCAGAUUAGCGGAGCAGCGCUCGAUGUUACGGACUGUGAACCAUUGCCAGCAGAUGAUCCACUCUGGAACGCACCAAAUGUCCUAAUCACCCCUCAUGUCAGUGGGUCAUCAGAUGUAUACGCGGAUCGGGCAUUCCAAGUGCUGAUUGAGAAUAUAAAGAGGGAAAAGAGCGGGGGGACACUGGUCAAUGAGGUCAACCGCAAGAGAGGGUAUUGA